UUCAUAAAUAGCAUCUUUUGAGCUCGCUACUAGCUAUAUAAUCUAACACAAGUUCUAGGCAGAGAGUAUAGAUCCUGAAUAUGGACUACUUUCUGCUGUUAGUGCUGAUACUUUCCUUUGCAUGGACAUGCUUUCAUGUCUUCACCACAGGUCUGCCUGGCCGCCGCAAGUCCAGCCCUGCCAUGUUGCCGCCUGGUCCUCGCCCUCUCCCAAUAGUUGGCAACAUUUUUAAUCUCGGCAACAAACCCCACCAAGCUCUAGCUGAUCUCUCACAAACUUAUGGUCCCAUAAUGACACUCAAACUAGGAGGCAUAACCACUAUAGUCAUGUCUUCUCCAUACACUGCCAAAGAAGUAUUACACAAACAUGACCGAGCCUUAUCUGCCCGAACAAUCCCUGGAGCUGUCCAUGCAAAGGAUCACCACAUGAAUUCAAUUGUUUGGUUGCCCCCGGCAGCUCAUUGGAAGAACCUUAGGAAGGUAAGUGCCAUGUACAUGUUCACCGCACAGCGGCUAGAUGCCAGUCAAGCACUUCGUCGGAAAAAGGUGCAAGAGUUGCUGGAUUAUGUGCUUGAAAGUUGCAGCAAAGGCCAAGCUGUAAAUAUUGGUCAAGUUGCAUUCACUACUUCCCUUAAUCUAAUCUCAAACACCUUUUUCUCUAUUGAUCUAUCACACUAUCAUUCUGAGUUUUCCCAAAGUUUCAGUGACAUAACACGGGGUGUAUUAGAAGAUGUUGGAAGACCUAAUUUUGCAGACUAUUUUACCAUCCUUCGAGUUAUUGACCCACAAGGUUGCCAGAAACGGGUGAAGAAUUACUUUGAGAUGCUAUUUCAUAUUUUUGAUGGUAUCAUCGACAAAAGGACGCAUCCUAGUGAUGUUUCCAACAUGUCCACUACGGGAAGCAGAGAUUUACUUGAUUCCCUCCUCGAUCUCGCCAAAGAUUAUAAUUCUGAAUUCAGCUUGCUUGAUCUUAAGCAUAUGCUUCUGGACCUUUUUGUUGCAGGUACCGACACAACAUCAAGCACAUUAGAAUGGGCAAUGGCCGAGUUAUUAUGCAACCCUGAAAAAUUGACAAAAGCUCAGACUGAACUCAGAAAAGUCAUUGGCAAGGAUGAAAUAGUUGAAGAGUCUAAAAUCACAGAGCUGCCUUACCUACGAGCAGUUGUAAAAGAAACUCUUCGGUUGCACCCUCCAGGCCCCUUUCUUGUUCCUCGUAAAGCGAAUAGUGAUGUAGAAAUCUGCGGCUUCAGGGUGCCUGAAAGUGCACAGAUACUAGUCAAUGUCUGGGCAAUGGGCCGUGAUCCAAAUGUGUGGGAAAAUCCAAAUUCAUUCGUUCCUGAAAGAUUUUUGGAGGUCAACAUUGACAUCAAAGGUCGAGAUUUUGAGCUCCUUCCUUUUGGAGGUGGCAGACGAAUUUGUCCCGGAAUGCCAUUGGCUGUGAGAAUGCUGCAUUUGACGUUGGCUUCUCUUCUCCAUUCAUUUGAUUGGAAGCUUGCUGAUGGAUUGAAGCCAGAGAAGCUGGACAUGUCUGAAAAGUUUGGCAUUGCAUUACAAAAGGCCCUUCCUCUCCUGGCUGUCCCUAUCCAAGUAUGAGACUAGCAUAAGAUUUUACUUUAUAUUCUAAUGGCAAUGCACGUGUGAUGAAUUUGGCAAAGUUCUCCCCUGCAAAUAGCCUUAAAUAAUUGCCUUUUCCCUCC